GCAACACAAAUAAAAUAACUUGUUUCUCGGGCACCGCCCGCACGCAAAAUUGGUUGCGCGUGCAGUCUAUUUAUUAGUCUUGAUGAAAAAAAAUAAAUAUGUAACGCCCGCCCGCACAUCGACAAGCAAGUCGUAAAAAAAAUAUCCCGCAUGUACCUACAUCCGCCAUACAUGUAUAUCUAUUCAAAUGUAUUAAAACUGAUUCAGAUGAACAUGCUGUCUUUUUUAUCCGAACAAUGGCGAAGUUUGGCAGAUUUGCCUUUUUUAUUGAUAUCGAAAGAACCUCCAUUUUGUAUCACGUGAUAUUAAUUACCUCCCCUGAUAAACUAGAAUAUGAUUCGUGUUAAAAGUCAUUGGCGACAAUAUUUCAAUCAUUCGAUCGUAAUCGGCUCAUUAUUGCCGGCUUCAAUCGGUCCUUGUUUGGAAAAUCCUAUUGAUAAAAUAAUGAACCGUAGAACAGGUUAAUUAAUUAUAGCUAAGAAUACGAUACGAUGACGAUAGUCGUCAUAAUGCAUACCUUAGAAUCUGGGUCAUUAUUAGCACAUUUACGGUAGUUUCGAUAAUCCGGAAAAUAAUAAUUGGAUUACCGAUUUGAUGGUUUUACUGACCAGUUGUUAGUUAGAUUUAAAUAGUCAUUCAAUAUAAACACCGGAUAGAACACCGAAUAUCCUGAGAAACACACCGAAUAUCCCAAGAAACAGUAUUUCCGGCAAUCUCCAAUACCGAUGACACGGUGUGACAUGCAUUGGUUGGAAUUCGCUUGGAAGAUGAGAGUUUUUGGCAUAGUGGUGAAGUUACUCAGCGAAUAUCAUCUAAUAUGAUAGCUACAAGUAGUGGGUCACAGUAUCAACUAAUGGGAGAAAUAGAACUAUUAGAUGCUGUUGAUGCAGGUAUUCCAGAAUCAUUAGCUAUGACAUUUAAGCAUGGAUUUCCCGUUAAUUGGAAAGAACUGAUAGCUGAAAACUUAGUAAGUAAUAUAGAUGUCACUUCUAAUAGUAUUGUUUCACAAGGUCCUACUACAGCUUUAUUAGAAGUUACCAAUCUAGUUAGUCAGCAAACGUUGAGAAAUGAAGUCAAUAAUGUUGGUAAACAAGUGGUACCAAUACCCGAACAGAAUAAUAAUGAUUUAUCGAAGAAUAAGGAAGACGAUAAUGUUGUUAUACCCAGCAAUAGUGGUAACGAAACUAAUGAAAAUCCAACAGACAAUGUUGUGAAUGAGGUUUGCGCAGGAGAAAAUGUUUCCAUCACUAAUAGUAUCAAGACUAAAACAAUGGUGGACAAGGUUCUUGUUGAAAAAGUAAAUAAGCCACCACAACCUCAAAAGAAGAUGAUGACAAGAUCAAAACAAAAGGAAAAUAGACAAAAAGAUACAGAUUCGUCUGCCUAUUCGGAGGGUGAACCAGAAGAUUCGUAUACACAAGAUAAAACACCUUUCAGCAGACGUCAAAAAAGACAAUUGAUUUCAGACGAUGAAAUUGAAGAAUCAACCGAUGUUAAUUCCACCGAUACAUGUAGCAUAGAUAAUCUGUCUGGUUCGAAAAGGAAAAAACACAAAUUAAUGAAAGAAACUCAGAAACGAGAAACAAGAAGUUCAGCCUCAAGCGAUACAGUUGUGUCAGAUUGCACGUCGAAAGAACGGGAAAAAACAAAAAAAUCAAAAAAACAUUUAAAACCAUUAACUAAAUCUCCUAAUAAACUUAAAGUGACUUCUGCUUCUGCAAAGAUUAAAAGUGUUAGUCCGAAAACAGUUUCAUCUGAUAUUGUUGUCAAUGGUAAAAGAAAACCCAGAAUGUCGUCAGACCUUUCUCUCAUCAGUACACCUAAAAUUGAUGCACCUGUUCGUGUGUUCACAUUAAGUGAUUGGAUUAUCAGACCUUUAAAAAAGGUCAAGGGUGUUCUUGUAGAAGGGAAGAGAAGUGGUAUAGAUGAAUAUUGGAGAAGUUCUAGUAUAGCUGAAAGACGAGAUGGUAAUACAGUUGUAACAGAUAGUGGUUCUGUAUAUAGAUUAGUUGGAAAUAUACAAAAAUUAGAUGCCAUUGAUGCUGGAUUUUCUCCGGAACUGAUUCAGUCUUUCAACCGUGGAUUUCCCAAGAAGUGGAGAGAACUCAUAAGCAACCAUUUUAACAGUGAAGAUGAAGGUCACUCUGCAAAUGGCACCAUCAGCAAUAAAUCUUCAAGUGUAUCUAAAUUAAAAACACCUGCAGUUAAGAACAAAUCCAAAAACCUUAAAACACCAGAACCUGUUAAUCCUUUAAAUGAGACCAUGGUUGGAACACCCGAGGGACAAAUUGUUGAUUUAUCAACAUUAAAACAAACGAGGAGUGGUCGUGUAGUGAAACCAGUUUUAGCCUCAUGGGCUGGACAACGGGUAGAAUUUGAUACACAAACAAAAGCCAUGAAAGUUGUGUAUAAUACCAAAUUUGCUGAGAGUUAUUUUACUCAACAAGAUAUUCAAUUGAGUGCUAAAACAGUGAGAAAAAGAUCUGUGAAAAAAACAAAUACAACAGAUAAAAACAAAACAUCUGUAGAGAAAAACACCAAAAAGUCAAAUCAUAGUAAAACGAAGAAAGACGACAGUCCUAAUGAAUUGGUGGAGGAUGUGUUAAAUAUAAUAACUACGUCCAGAGAACGUCGUCAAAAACAAACCAAACGUCGUGAAACAUGUUAUAGUACUUCGACAAGUCGCAUACACAUGCGGGAUAGAUUAGCCACAGACGAAAGUGAUUUCAGUCACGAGGAUGCCUCAUCCAAACCCUCUACAGCACUCAAAAAUAAAUCUAGGAACUCGACAAGUAAAAUUCAAAAUGGCGAGUUAACAGAAGAUUUUAGUCACAAGGAUGCCUCAUCUAAACCCUCUACUGCUGGCAAAAAUAAAUCUAGAAACUCGACAAGUAAAAUUCAAAAUGGCGAGUUAACAGAAGAUACAGAGUCAGAAGCUCUACCGAAACUUGGAAGACAGAAAACAUCUAAAAAUACCAACAAAAAUACUAAAUCUAAGACUGUCAAAUCUCCUUCAAAAGGAAAGAACAGUUCCCAAAAACGAUCUGUCUCAAAAAGUGAAAGUAGAAAAAAUAAAGAUAGUGAACAAUCAGUGUCAGAUUCUGAAUCUGAAGAGAUUACCUUUAAACAGCCAGCUUAUGAAAAAAAAUCAAAGUCAAAUAAAAUAGCACAAAAAUCUAAAAGUAAAAAAGUUGAAAAUAAACACCAUGAAACUUCCAAUGUUGAUGAUGAUGAUGAUAGUUGGGGGAAAUCAGAGAUACAUAGACUUGAAAGUGCUAUGAAAUGUGUUUUACCAAGUGAUAAAUUAUUAUGGAAGAGAUUAUCUGAUGCUGUUGAAACAAGAUCUGAACAAGAAUGUCAGGAGUUUGUUAAAUCUGAUAAAAAUUAUAAACAAUUCUUAGAUAGUAUCAAAACAGUUAAAGAAAAGAAGUUGGUUGAGGUAACUGCUAAGAAAGGAACUAUGAAACGGAAAAAACAAAUCCGUGAAUUUUUAGAACAAAACCAAGGAGAUGAAGAACAAGAUAUUUUUGACUCAACACCUUUUAGAUCACGAACUACGAAAAUGGUGGUACCAAGAUUAGAUGAUGAUGAUGAUUUAUUUGCUGGUGGGGACUUCCCUAUAACACCUGGUGCUGCUAACUAUCGUACUCCCAGCAUUAAACAAUAUCUAACACAAUUCUCAGCUAAAAAAACACCAGCUAACUGUAUAGCUAGUCCUGUAACUAGUGCUAUCAAUACGAAGAAUGCAGAUAAGAUUGUACAUCAUUAUUUAAAACGUCGAAAAUUAACCAAAACAAAACCUGUCAAAAAGAAUGAACUAGUGUCUAUAGCCAAUAAACGAAGAACCUUAUUUUGCCCUGAGAGAGUUGAUGAGAAUUUAUUCAGCAUGUCUGAUAAUGAUGAUGAUGAUGAUGAUGAAGAUGAAGAACAAGAUUAUUAUGAACCAGAUGAACUGAUGGAUGAUUGAAUCAACUGAAAGGAUGAAUGUAGCAAUUUACCCCUCCAUAUAGUUACAUGUAUGGAUAGCUGUAGAAUAAAGAAUAUGCUUACUCUUUAUGGAACAUCUGAUACCAAUUCUUAUUUCUUUGAUUAUAUAACUAUUUAUAUCUGUUCUUUGAUUGGCAUUUAGUAAUUAAACAUAUUAACACAAGGUACAAUUUUAUGGAUACACAAUUACUGAGUUUGAUACUAAGCGACGUAUCGAUGAGGAUACUUUCGUCUUUAUCAAGCAAAUGAUACAGGUAAUUGUGUAUCCAUAAAAUUUUACCUUGUGUUAAUUUAAUUUUAGGCUAGUAUGAUAAUAAAUGUGUAUCCAUAAAAUUGUACCUUGUAUUUAUAUCUGUUUACUUGAUAGGGGGGAGGGGGGGUCAUGGUGAUUAAGUGGGUAAGACGCUGGCUCGCUAGCCUGGAGGUCGGGUGUUCUAUCCCUGCAUUGGCCGAGAAAGUUCAUCCAUAUUUUCCGGCGUGGUUCCCCCUUGUCAGUGAUGCAGGACGGAGGGCCUGACAAGGACAGCCGUCUAGUCGUUCGGAUGGGACGAAAAACCAAGGCCCUGUGUACACAUUGGCGUGCACGUAAAAGAUCCCUUGACAGUUGGAAUUCGAUAUUAGAGUAGGCCAUAGUGCCGCUGUCCAGGCAAAAUUUCCCUCAUAGCACACUGUAUGCCGUAUGCCCGUCUUCAUUAGCCCAGUUCGGAGCAGAACAGUAGGACGUUAAACCCCAUUUCAUUUCAUUUGUUUACUUGAUACUGGAAUAGCUGUAUAUAUAUCAUUGCUUGAGAAUGCUACUGUGCGUGAUGAUUUAUAAAAUUGUCUACCAUUUUUCUAUACCAUCUUUUGUAGUCAAUUUUAAACAAAUGAAUUAGAUAACAUGUCGACAGAUUUAUAUAUUUAAGUAAAAUAUUUUAUAAAAAUGAAAUUAUUGCUAUUGUAUAUUUCUGUUUCUAAAAGAGAAUUUGUUGCUAUUUAUUGGUGGAGACAUGGUAAUUUUGGUUUAUCAUUCAUAGUUGAACUGGUGUAAAAUGUUUAUACUCGACCUCCAAAUCAAAGGAGAUUUAAUAGUUAUGAAUCAGGGCUUCCACUGCCGGUCAUUUUUGAUAACGCACGAAAACUUUGCAAAGUAAAUUCAUAUUUCAUAACUUUGAUCCAAAUAUGUCUAGCAAUGAGUUUGGAAAUGACAAUAUCUUAUUUUAUAGGAUCCAUGGUUGAUGAUCGGUCAGGACGCUGGACUCAGAACUAGACUAUCCCUGGUUCAUGUCCAGGUGUGGGUUGAAAAAAAAAACAAUCAGAUUUUGCAAGCCCCAUCUUCAUUGCUGGCUGAAAAAAAAACAUGCCUAGUAUUUUGGAUGGGACAAAAAAGAACCCUUGAUAGUUGGGAAUCGUAGAAGAGUGGGCAGAAACACUGCUGUCAGGGCAAAAUACUCUGACCCCGCAUUGUACAGGGAACCAUUAGCUAUGUUUGUCUCGGAAUGACCUGAAUAUUGUGCUGAUGAUAUUCUCUUUUUACUAUAAGAGUGGUUAACAUUUUACUACAUCAGAGUGGUAAACAUUUUGCUAUAUACAGUUUUCUUAUACACCAGGCAUCUAUGUAUUAUUAUUUCCAACAGUUUUCCUAUACAACCGAUCUGAUGAAAACACAGAUCCUAUUUCGUUUCGUUUUUUAUUGUUCAAAAUUUCGCUUUACUUGUCUUUACUACACUAGGAUCUGGAAGGGUUGUUAUAUUACCGGCUUUUUGGCGGAAGCGAGGGAUAAGCCGAUGAAACAGUUUGUUACGGCGACUUCUUGGCGUGCCAUGCACGGAACUGUGGGUAAACCACUAGAAACAUCAACACCGAUUGAUUAAUCAAUGUCUGACAUCAAAAGACGCUUGUUGACCUCUGACACAACCUACACGUACAACUUAUCAGAUCUUCAUGUAGUGGCCAUCGAAAGUAUAAAUAAACGAAACGAAAUAUAGAUCUGUAUUUUAAUCAGAUUGUUAUACAACAGUCAUCAAUGUAUUAAUAAUUCCGACAGUUUUCCUAUACACCAGGCAUCUAUGUAUUAAUAAUUCCGACAGUUUUCCUAUACAGUUUUCCUAUCUAUUCAUUAUUAAUUCUGACAGUUUUCCUAUACAUUAAGCAUCCGUUUUGUUAUAAAUUAAAAUGUAUAUUAUUUUAACGUUAUUGUAUAUAUUUUAUAUAAAGUUAUUAUACAAUCAUGUCCACUAUGUUAAAACUUCAUCUCAUUUAGGGUCCAUUUUAUUUGCUUGUAUAAU